GAGAGAGAGAUGGAAGAGACAAAGUCGAGAUUCAAUAGGAUUUGUGUUUUUUGUGGUAGCAGUUCAGGGAAGAAAGCCAGCUACCAAGAAGCUGCUGUUGAACUUGGGAAGGAGCUGGUGGAGAGAAGGAUUGAUCUGGUCUAUGGUGGUGGAAGCGUGGGAUUGAUGGGUCUUGUUUCUCAGGCAGUUCAUGAUGGGGGGCGCCAUGUCCUAGGUGUUAUUCCGAGGACAUUAAUGCCUAGAGAGAUAACUGGUGAAACUGUUGGAGAAGUGAGAACUGUCUCAGAUAUGCACCAAAGGAAAGCCGAGAUGGCCCGUCAAGCUGAUGCUUUCAUUGCCCUCCCUGGUGGCUAUGGUACCCUAGAAGAAUUGCUGGAAGUCAUUACCUGGGCUCAACUUGGAAUCCACCGGAAACCUGUGGGGCUUUUGAAUGUGGACGGUUACUACAAUUCGUUGUUGUCUUUCAUUGAUAAGGCCGUUGAUGAAGGCUUUGUUUCUCCUACUGCUCGGCACAUUAUCGUGUCUGCUCCAACUGCCAAGCAAUUGGUCAGACAACUGGAGGUAAUGCUUCUUCAAUAUGUGUGUAGCCAAGAUCAGAUUGUUGAUAUUCAUACAAAGUCUUUUUCCAAAAAUAGGUUUCAGUUUCUACAAUCCAAACUCUCACUUGGAACUCUCAAUUCUUCCAAGUUUGGCUUGAGGGAGUGUAAAGAUGAAGAUGCCAAGUCAUAACAAAUGUUGUUAUUAGUUUGUUUUAAGUUUGUUGUAAUGUAUUUUGUUUUGGUUAGUUAGAGUGUAAAUAGUCAAAGACUAUAUAUUAGUGGUUGUAUCCUUCAUUUAAAAAUUAAUGAGAAAUAUACUUUUCUUAGUGUUUAAGAAAAGCGUUCAGAGAAAAUCUUGAGUUUCUAUAAACUGUUCUUCUUUUCUAAUGGUGGGAAUCUUGUGGCAACUUACGACGUAGCUCAUAUUGAGUGAACCUCAUAAUUCCUUGUAUUUGUGUGAUUAGUUUACUUUUGUGAUUCUUCGCGUUUAGGGAAUCUAGAACUUGAUAUCAUAACAACGCAUACAAGGAAAAUUCAAAAUCCUAAUCAUCACAGCAGCUGAAAAUUUCUCUACU